AUGCACAUGGCUGAUCUUUUUUUUUUUUUUUUGAUUAAGUCAACCUUAGAAAACAAAGUGUGUGAACACAGAAUCAGUCUUUCUUUGCAGGGUGUGUCUUCUGACUCUGAGGUUGCCGUCAGCCAUGAGGAUUUUUCUGAGAACAAACAGGAGAAAGGUAGUUUGUUCAAUGGAUUCCUCAGAAAGACUUCCAGCGGAGAAAGGACUGAGGCAACGGACAGGGAGCUGUCAGCUGGCAGUGAAGACCUGUCUGAGGAUAACGAGGAGAAACAUAUUUUCAUCUACACGUUCAGACAAGCACAGAAACCAGCAGAGGAAGUGAGCCCUGAGGAUCCGCUCCCUGCCAGCAGCGAGAAUCUGACAGAAAUGACUGAUCCGAAGGAGAAGAAAGGAGGUCCGGCCGGGAUUUUCAAAAGAUGGUUGAGUUCAGAGGACCUGUUCGAUGAGGACAAAAGCAUUUUCAGUGGCAUGUUUAAGAAAACUCCCAAAGCCACAGAGGAGGAGUCGAACACAACAAACAAGGACAAAAAGUUGUUUGGAAGUUCAGAGGAUCUGUUUGAGACGAACACGUCAAAGGAGAAAGCGGGAGGACGGGCGGUGAUUUUUAAGAAGUUGCCGAAACCAGCUCCACGUUCUGUUGUGACCCAGGACCCUCUCAGCGACUCGACGCGAUUCUCGGCGAGCUGCGACAGCCUCACAGAGAUCGGGAAGGAUGCGGUUUCAGCUCAGGAUGAAACGUUGGCGAGUAACGAUAAUCUUUCCGAUGCUUCAAGCACCACAAAGGAAAAAACAAUCGGGUUUUCAGGGCUCUUCAGGCGAACGCCCAAAAGUUCAGAGAUGCAAGGAGAAGAUCGUCCUCCGCCAACAGGAGCCGGGCUGCAACUCAAAAGAACCGUAAAGAAGCAAAGACGAGUCGUGUCGUUCCGGAUCAAGAAAACUCAACCCAAGCAGAGUUCAGAGAAGAUGCUCGUCCUCGAGGAGACCCUGGAGAUGCAGGACCUGAAUGCACCACAGGGCGGAACAAAGAACGAGGAGAACACAGUGAUGGUCGAGCCUGUAGAGAUGGCAGCUUAUCCAACUGAAGAAACUGCAGCUGAAGCCGAGCAGGAGAACGACGAGCUGAUGGAGUGGUGGAACUCUGUGAAAGGUUGGACCGAGUGGAACGAGAGCUCUAAUUUCCGUGAGGAAGACGACGAUAUGGCGAUGGAGCAGGCGGCCGAUCGGGUCUACAUGGCGGCCCGGGUGUUUGUGCACCUCUUCAACCAGCGGGGGGCGUCGUUGCAGCAGCGCAUCCUGGAGCUGCUGGCGGUGGCCGACGCCGCGGACGACUUCCACAAGAAGACGGUGUCGGCCGCCAUGGGUGGGGGCGUGGCCAGCGUGGCAGGCAGCGUGACCACCAUCACCGGACUCAUCUUGGCCCCCUUCACCUUCGGGGCCUCCAUCAUCGUCACGGCGGUGGGGAUCGGCGUGGCGACAGCCGGUAACAUCACGUCGGUGACGGCCAAAAUCACGGACACGGUUCACUCCAACAUGGACCGCAAGAAGGUGGAGAAGAUGAUCCAGGGGUACCAGGAGGAGAUCCAAGACAUCCGGCUGUGUUUGGAGUUCGUUCAGGAAGGAAUGGACUCCCUGCAGGAGCGGAACUUUGAGGAGUUCUCUGAGAGCGCUGCAAAGAAGGCUCUGAACCACAACGUCAAACACGUGAUGAAGGAGGGCGGCCGUGCCGGGAAGGCCCUGAUGAUCAACACCGACAAGCUCAUCAGCACCGUGCAGAUCCUGGGCAGCGCGAGGGGCGUGGCCAAGGCUGCCCAGGCCAUCAGCGUCACCACGGGUGUCAUGUCCGCCCUCUUCCUCGCUCUGGACGUCUUCUUCCUCGCCAAGGACUCCCACGAGCUCCGCAAGGGCGCCAAGACCAAGUUCGCCGGGAAGAUCCGGCAGGUGUGCAGAGAGCUCCAGGAGGGCCUCCUGGACCUGAACAAGGUGAAGACGCAGCUGCAGAAGACGAUGGACGGCAUCGAGGUGGAGGAGUACGAGGAGAUUGAGGAGGUGGAGGUUGACCUGGAGUCCGACCCGAAGAAGCUGGCUGAGCUGGAGCAGGAGAUCGACAUCCUGGAGGGGGAACUGGACAAGAAGGGCGAUGCCGACGCUGAGGAGAAGAGGAGCAGGAAGGGACAUCUUCAAACUGAAGGAGAAAAAGGAGAAGGGCAUGAAGGAGAGCAAGGAGCUGGAGGAGAAAAACAUCAGAGAGAUUUUGACGAAAUCCAAACCUGAGAAAAGUCCUGAUGAGGAAAAGACGAACGAAUCGACCAAAGAAGAAGAAUGGAAAGAACCGGAGAACCGUAAAACUAACGAGGACACAAACAAAAUGUCCGAACGGACGGAAAAAUGAAAGAGAAGAUUGAAAAAGAGUCACAGGAACACAAACCACACGCAGAGGAGGAGGAGCAGGGAGGAUGAAGGAUGAAGGUUCGAGGAGGCGCAGCAGCAGGAGCAACAGAGACGAAGAGAAACACGA